UGUUAACGUAUUCAGUUUUGGUGGUCUAUUCCUUGAAAUCGGAGAAGUCCCUUGCUACAAAGCGUAGGUGUUUGUCGCUGAACAUACGGAGCGAGGGAAUGGCGGGGGCAUUCAAUAUUAGACGUUCGGCGAGAGCGUAGAUUGAUUGAUUAUAAAUUCCUGUUUAGUUCGAAAUAUAUGUCAUGCAACAUUUACUGUGUAGCUUCAUUUUAAAUAAGUUAACAUCAGAAGUGAGAUAAGUAAUCCAGUGCGCCAGUAUUGUGUUAUUUAGUUUUUGUGCCAAUAACUAACAAUGCUUCGCCGUUAUUCACGGGAAAGGUCUGUGGAACGUGAGGAGAGAAAUCAUUGUCCCCGAAGUAACGGCGAUGACAAUAACAGCUAUCAAAGGUCCCGACAGAUGGAAAGGUAUGAUGCGGGGCUCCAACAUAGCUCUGGACAGUCCAGAUCACGGCGCUCCAGAUCCAGAUCUUCAAGUCGCCAUCGCCAGCGAGGUGCUUAUGAAGAAGGAUCUUCCCUUGCUGCGUCUGACAGUGUUCAGGCAUCUUUGGAAAACAUGGGUAAAGCCAUAGUUAGUGGAAUAGGAGAAUUGGUAAAUAAAGGUAUACGAGGAGGUAAUAUUUUUGGUGUACCACGAAGGGUAAUAACUGAUCAGGGCUUUUACUUCAAAAGCCUUUGCUGAGUUCAUAGCAUCAAUAGGAGUAAAGCAUCAUUUGACUGCUGUUGCUGUUCCACCUAGGGCAAACGAGCAGGUGGAGCGUUACAACCGAACUCUCCUGAAAUCGCUUGCUGCCAUGGGAUCCGGUGUUCAUGAUGAUGAAUGGGACACAAAAUCGACAACAUUCAACUGGUGCUGCACCCAGUGGUUUUGAUGGGUUUCCGAGUUGUUUGCAAAGGACAGCUGGAAGUAGAAAAUCAGGAAGUUGUGGAUGUCACCGAGUUGCGAGAAAGAAUUAUUCAGAACAUGCAGGAAUAUCAGGAACAACAAAAACGUCAAUUUGAUGCAAAGCGAUGUUCUGCAAAGAAAUAUGAGGUUGGCGAUUUGGUGCUAAUUAGGAUAACAAGUCUGGCCGCCACUGGUACUAGUCCCAAGUUAUUGCCAAAAUGGCGAGGACCUUUUAGGGUUAGCCAGGUUUUGGAUAACGAUCGGUUCGAGGUACAGGACAUUCCGGGAACUGUUCGUUCCAGGCAAGGAUUCUAUGAGUUGCUUCAGACUGGUUGAGGACAACCGGUGGUCAGGAAAGGCCGUGUUAACGUAUUCAGUUUUGGUGGUCUAUUCCUUGAAAUCGGAGAAGUCCCUUGCUACAAAGCGUAGGUGUUUGUCGCUGAACAUACGGAGCGAGGGAAUGGCGGGGGCAUUCAAUAUUAGACGUUCGGCGAGAGCGUAGAUUGAUUGAUUAUAAAUUCCUGUUUAGUUCGAAAUAUAUGUCAUGCAACAUUUACUGUGUAGCUUCAUUUUAAAUAAGUUAACA